AUGCGGGCAAUCGUGGCAGCCAUAUGGAAAGCUAAGCCUCGUGAACAGAGCAGUCACGAAGUGACGAUGACCACAAGAUGCGAUGCAUGGAUGACCUGCCAACGUGACUCUCGCACGUGCACUGAUAUUGUGCAGGCUACUGUCUUUCAGAUUCUGAUUCGUUUCGCCAGCCUCUUGGGCUCUGGAUAUCUCUACACGAUGCGUGCCGUGACUUUACACUGGCUAUCCUUGACCGAACGCUGGACUUUGUCAAUUGAUAAAUGCAAAGAACGCCUUUUGCACCCUUUACAAAAGUGCAUCAAGUGCGGCCGUUAUACGGCUCCCUUGUUGUCUGCUAUGCCAACUUGGCUCGACAUGCACGCCGGUCUCUUCUCAAGAGCAAGCAAAAUGCGCGUGAGCGUCAUAGCAUGCCCUAUGGCUCCACUCUGGCCACUUCAGUAUCGAAGAGCGGCUCGCAAAUCCACGGCUUAG